CAUCGCCAUGUGAGAGAGCUCCGUCGCAACACCAGACCACUCUCACCACUCACUUACCAUCACCACCUCACAACCAUGGAGGACGACUACGAAGACACGCGUAGCGUCCUGCACCUCGCAAUGGACACCGUCCUCCAGCCCGCCCGCAGCACACUCACAACCCUAACCUCCAAAACCGCCCGCCGAGCCUACCUCACCACACUCCUCAUCUUCCUGACCUCGCUCCUCCUGCUCGGCACCGCCGUCGUCGCCUACAUCACCUUCUACUACGCCUACGUGCCCCUGCGCGGCUUCUCCACCCCGAUCCACCUCCAAUUCGACCCGCUGGCCCAGACCCACCCGCAUGCCACCGCCCCGCUCGGCGACGUCCUCGUCGCGCACCAGAAGUACGACGUCAGGCUCAAUCUGCGCAUGCCGCGCACGCCUGCCAAUCUGCGCGCGGGCAACUUCAUGCUCGAUGUGCGGUUGCUUGCGCCGGGACUGGCCGGGCCGUUGGAUACGGUUGUGCGGGCUGCGGCGGCGGCGGUGGCGGGCGACGAGGGCCCGGAUGAUGUGGUUGUGCGGAGUAGUCGGGCGGCGAUUCUGGAGUAUCGUAGUUGGGCGAUGGAGGUGCGGGAGAGGGUGGUGUGGGGCUUGUGGUAUGUGGCUGGGUGGAGGAGGGAGGAGGAGGAGGUGAGUGUGCGGAUGCUGGAGGAUGUGGUGUUUGAGAAGGGCGUGAGGGGCUUGCCGAGAUGGGUGCGGGUGGAUGUUCGGGGGAGGGAGGUGCUGCAGGUUUAUGAGUGUGAGAUUGUGUUUCGGGCGCGGCUGUCUGGGUUGAGGUACAUCAUGUACAACCACCGCAUCAUCUCCUUCAUCACCUUCACCUCCCUCUUCUACGCCAUCGAACUCACCUCCCUCCUCAUCUCAUGGGCCCUCCUCUCCCUCCUCUUCCCCUCCUCAUCCAAGCCAAAACCACCCCCAAAAUCCCCAAAGCGCGAAAUCAAACCCGACGACGACGACCCAGCCAUCAAACUCGAACACGACCACGACCACGACCACGACUCAGACUCCGCCGAAUCCACCACCCUCUCAACUACAUCCCGCUCCUUCCCCACCUACACACGCCAACCACCACUACACUACUCCUCCCCGCCGCCCAUCAAGAAAGAAGAAGACCCCGAAGAUUCAUCCGGAGAUCUCAGCGCUCUGCCCCUUGCUGCCGGCGAAGCAGCCGAUGAUGAGGAUGACGACGACGAGGCGGAUGAUUUCGUGCUGGACGAGGAUGAGAAUCUGAGGCGGAUAGCGGCGGAUUCGGGGCUGGGGACGAGUCUGGAGAGUUCGGGUGGUGGUGGUGGUGGGGUUAGGCGGCGGAGGAGUGGUGGUGGGCUAGGGAGGUGAAGGCUGAGCAUAUUGGUCAAAUCGAAAAGCUUUUCUAUUUUGCUUUGAAUGAAAGGGCAGACGCAGAACGAGUGAUGACAUAUCCAUAUAUCCAUACAGACAUACAUAUUACCCAUAGACCCAUGCAAGACACACACGGCCAUGCACGGAAGACACGGGGAGGGCAAAGUAAAGAAUAAAAG